CUGUGUACCUGUUGCGCACUGCUCACCUGUCUUACAAAGAGAGAGAGAGCAGGGUGUUUUGUGUAUAGACACACACACAGUGCUGCGCAGGUGAACAGGACGACAAGCAUCCACCAGAAUGCCUUCACAUAAACACCACAGCAGCAGUAAGGAUAAUCCUCUCCAGGUGUCCCAGCACACGUUCUCGCACUACCACAAGGAUGAAAUGCUCCACUUCUACCGCUGGACGUCGCCACCCGGCGUCAUGAAGAUCCUGAGCAUCAUUAUCAUCAUCAUGUGUGUGGCGAUUUUUGCGUGUGUGGCAUCCACGCUGGCAUGGGAUUACAACAUGGGGAUGGGCGGCAUGGGCGGCAUUGGCGGCAUGGGUGGCAUGGGCGGCAUGGGCGGCAUGGGUGGCAUGGGCGGCAUGGGCGGCAUGGGCAGCAUGGGCGGCAUGGGUGGCUCCUAUGGAACAGGGUACAACUAUGGGUCAGGCAUGUACGGAAGCAACAUCGCAGGCGGGUCGUAUGGGAACAGCUACUACAUGGACCCUGUGUCGGGCAAGGGCUUCAUGAUUGCCAUGGCUGCCAUCACUUUCAUCGCCGUGCUCAUCAUCUUUAUCCUUGUCAUUUCGAGGCAGAACGCAGCCAAGUCCCCCAGGUUCUACUUGGCAAGUAUCAUCAUCUGUGCAAUCCUGGCCUUGUUCAUGCUCAUCGCCAGCGUGGUGUACCUGGUGGCCGUCAACCCCAUGGCACAGGGCAGCGGAUCCAUGAUGUACAACAUGAUGUGGCAGAUAUGUGCCCAGUACCAGAAUCAACCACCGACACAGACAUCUACCCUCUUACUCGACCAGUACUUGUACCACUAUUGUGUGGUCGACCCUCAGGAGGCUGUUGCUAUUGUUUUGGGGUUCCUGGUGUUCAUAGGGCUCAUUGUUCUGAUGGUGUUUGCCAUUAGAACCCGUUCCCAGAUGAACCAGUAUGGGAGACACCAUGUGCUCUGGGAGGAGCCCCGUAAUUUGAACGACGGCCUUUCUAAUGGCGUCGAAAAAUGGGUGACUGAUGUGUCCGGGGAGCCAGAGACUUUCCUGAAUGAUCACAACGACCAGAUUGGGAAUUAUCUUCACCAAAGCCCAGACGUGACGAAACCGCUCUAUCUGCCUGGUGACUCUGAAACAACCAGUACAUCGAUCAUGUUGAAAGGCCGACCGAGAGAUUAUGACACGGGAGCGGAAUCGGCGGAUGAGCUGGACGAUGCUGAAUACGACAGUGAGUUCCCUCCUAUCUUGAAUGAAAACGCGAGGGUGGAAUACAAGCGCCAGUUUGACCGCAACAUCAUGGAGUACAAGCGUCUGCAGGCGGAGCUCGACGACAUCAACCUGGGCCUGGCCAAAGUGGACCAAGAGCUCAACAAACUUCAGGAGGGAAGCCCACAGUUCCUGGACGCCAUGGAUGAAUACACACGAUUGAGGAACUUGAAAAAGUCGUCAGAAUACCAGAUGAAGAAGAAGAGAAGCAAACAGCUGAAAGCCAAACUCUCGCUGCUCAAGAGGAGGCUGAACGAUUACGACCACAGACCAUGAGCAGCUCGGCCACUUUGUGUUUUUGUUUCCUUGUGUAGCUUUCCAAUGCUUUGUUUAUUGUCCAUGUUUGGGCCUCUCAGCUUAUUUUGACGUUGUCACUUUUGAGCCAUUACAAAACAAUAAGCUUUUUUUCCCCCUCAUCUGGUUUUAUCAUACAUUUGUGUAACAUAGUGUAACAUUUGGUCUUUUGUGUUUGUUUGUUUUUUAUUGGUGGCUUUCUGCUGUAUGAGAACCCAUGACGGGAUAAAGGCACCAAAGCAGGAUGCAGAUUGUCCUAAAGUUCCUGUUGUUUUAUCAGGACGUGUGUACUGUUCCUCUUCUUCUUUAUACUUUUAUUUUUUAAAAUCAACACUGCAUGAAUAAAUUAUUAGGAUCACACUCAGGGCAGCACGGUGGUGUAGCGGUUAGCGCUGUCGCCUCACAGCAAGAAGGUCCUGGGUUCGAGCCCAGCGGCCGGCGAGGGCCUUUCUGUGUGGAGUUUGCAUGUUCUCCCCGUGUCUGUGUGGGUUUUCUUCAGGUGCUCCAGUUUCCCCCACAGUCCAAAGACAUGCAGGUUAGGUUAACUGGUGACUCUAAAUUGACCGUAGGUGUGAAUGUGAGUGUGAAUGGUUGUCUGUGUCUAUGUGUCAGCCCUGUGAUGACCUGGCGACUUGUCCAGGGUGUACCCCGCCUUUCACCCGUAGUCAGCUGGGAUAGGCUCCAGCUCGCCUGCGACCCUGUAGAACAGGAUAAACGGCUACAGAUAAUGGAUGGAUGGAUGGAUGGAUGGAUGGAUCACACCCGGGUGAGAGCUGGAGCUCUGAACACCAGGGUACAGCGUGACCAUUCGAGGAACAGAACAAUAAAUGUGCAGAACGUUCCAGCUACAUAACCUUACCUCUAACUAGGACAUUUAAUCCAGGAAACACUUUAAAAUCGUGAUCACUUUAAUCAUCAGGGUUGUAGGAUCAACGAAUACAAAGUGUAACAGCUGUGAAGGAAUAAAAGCUUUUCACACUUAAAACUCACAUGAAGCUCUAUUUUUUUAGUUCAUUUUUGUAAAGGAUCUCGUUUCUUUUUGAUUACUAUUCAUUAUAUUAUAAUAUUACAUAAUUUGCUAUAAUACUGAAUAAUUAUAUUCUGUUUUCUCUUUUAAUGUAUACUUUUACUACAGCCUUUGUGGGAAAAUGUAAUUUUACUUCAUUUAUUUUUUAUGCAAGUUUGUGACAUUGCUGAUUUGUGUUAUGCAUUUUUUUCUGUGUGCAUAAUUCUCUCUGUAUUUUGUCUCAGGCUUUAGAAAACAAAUUUACAUAGACAUGUAAAAUACUUGUACAUUCUGUAUUGAACAAAGUUAUUACUAAUGUAUUAUUUUCUUGUUUUUUUUCACACGUUAUGAAGUUUGUAUUCUGUCACGUUUUGUUCUUUAAAUAAAGAAUAUGAUGAACACAUUAUGGAACCCGGAA